CCUGUCGGUUGUUGUGACGUAGGACUGACGUAGUAGGAAGUGUGUUGAAGACAACAACACCACAGCUUGCUAAUCACAAUUUAAGUGUUACAAUAACAGGAAAAAAAUGUAAUAAUGAUCUGCAAGCAAUAUCUGAAAAUCUUCUUCUAGAAACACUGCAGUGUGGCGAUUUAUCACCUCAGGGAGCGAAGAAGUUUAUUAUCAUUCAAUUUGACACUUGGGACGGCCGUGACACUUCCAGACCUCUCUAAUGUCCUCUGGCUGUCCACCCCAGUCCCCCGCCGUGGCAAAGUCCGAGGUCGCAGUAGAGGGAGAAUGCCCGCUGCUGGCUGCCACCUUUGCCUACUGGGACAACAUCCUGGGUCCGCGGGUGCGCCACAUCUGGACGCCAAAGGGAGAACAACUGAUGUUCCUCAGCGAUGGAGAGGUCACAUUUUUGGCCAAUCAUACACUCAAUGGCGAGAUUCUGCGGAGCGCUGAGUGUGGCGCUGUGGAUGUGAAGUUCUUUGUCUUGGCAGAAAAGGGCGUCAUAAUUGUGUCUCUCAUCUUCGACGGCGAGCUAAAGGGGGACAAGAACACAUGUGCCUUGUCCAUUAUCCUGCCUCAGACCGAGCUGGCCUUCUACCUGCCACUGCACACCAUCUGCGUGGAGAGGCUAAAGCAUGUUAUCCGCAAGGGACGCAUUUGGAUGCAGAAGGGCUACAACAUCAUAUCAGUGCUGAGCCUGGAGAUUAUCCCCAUCAUGGAGCUGUUGGCGUCUAUGAAGACUCACUGUGUGCCAGAAGAUAUAGAUAUAAAAGACACCGUGCUAAAUGAUGAUGACAUCGGGGACAGCUGCCACGAGGAUUUCCUCCACAAGGCCAUCAGCUCUCAUCUGCAGACUUGCGGCUGUUCAAUAGUCGUUGGAAGCAACCCAGAGAAAGUAAAUAAGAUUGUGCGAACUCUCUGCCUCUUCCUCACCCCAGCUGAGAGGAAGUGCUCUCGCCUCUGCAAGGCUGACUCUUCUUUUAAAUACGACACAGGCCUGUUUGUUCAGGGUCUGCUCAAGGACUCCACAGGCAGCUUCGUCCUGCCCUUCCGCCAGGUGCUCUACUCCCCGUACCCGACCACGCACAUCGACGUCGACAUCAACACGGUGAAGCAGAUGCCGCCGUGCCACGAGCACACGUACAACCAGCGGCGCUACAUGCGGUCUGAGCUGAGCGCUCUCUGGAAGACGGACAGCGAGGAGGACAUACCCCCCGACACGGUCAUUCACACCGACGAAACCUUCACACCCGACCUGAAUAUAUUUCAAGAUGUCAUGCAUAAAGACACUUUGGUGAAGUCAUUUAUAGAUGAGGUGUUCAUGCUGAAGCCGGGCCUGUCCCUGCGGAGCACCUAUCUGGCCCAGUUCCUGCUGCUGCUCCACAGGAAGGCCCUCACGCUGCUCAAGUACAUCGAGGACGAAACGCAAAAAGGGAAGAAGCCGUUUCGAUCGUUGCGCAACCUAAAGACGGACCUGGAUCUGAUGGUGGAGGGAGACCUGAACAUCGUGAUGGCCUUCGCUGAGAAGCUGAGGGCGGGACUGCACUCGUUCGUGUUCGGGAAGCCGUUUUACACCAGCAUGCAAGAACGAGACGUGCUCAUGAGCUUCUGACUCCAUUCUUCACCUGCACUUUAUGUAUUAAUGGAAACAGAUGUUGUAUUUGUACUGAUUUGUUUUAUUGUUACAUCAAUGCAAGCAUGUGUGUAUUCUAUAAUUUCUGUUUUGCUGAAAUGAAAAGAAAAAUGGGUAAAGCUUUAUAUUAAGGUCCUUGUAAUAACCAUUAAUUAACAAGUAAUAAGGCCCUUGUAAGUCCUUACAAGAUGCUUAUUAACAUUAUUGUGUGUUUAUAAGCUUAUAUAAGUGUUAAUAAUGGCAUUACAAACACCCAUUAUGUCUUUGCCAUGCCUUUAUUAAUCUUAUUUUGUUUGCUUAUUGAUAUUAAAAUAUACUUUAUUGCUCAUCUAUUAUAAGUUAACUAUAAGUUAACUAUGCUUUUUGCAACUACCAGAUCUAAAGCGAGAACAAUGCCUUAUUACUUGUUAAUUAAUGGUUAUUAAGGACCUUAUUAUAAAGCGUUACCGAAAAAUUUGCCUUCCUUUUAUGUCUUGAUCUAUUCAAGUCAUGAUUUCAAAGACUGAUUGUUUCUGCUGUUAUGAGCCACUGGAAUUAAAUAUAUUGCCUUGACCAACUGUAAGCAUGUUUUUAGAAGCUUUAAAUAAUUAUCUGCAAGAUGAAUUAUUCAUGUGUUCCAUGCCUUCUGUUAAUG